UCACUGUUCCCUCUAAGUGUAAUUAUUGUAGGUUGCACUGGUGAUAAUUACAAUUUUUAAGAGUUACCAAUGACCUCUUUUUUUUUUUAUAGGGAUGCAUAUUUUAACUUAUUGGAUCACUUAAAAAAAGUUUUUUUUGUUUGUUUUCUUUUUUUCUUUUUUCUCUCUUUUUUAAUUACCUUUUGAUGAUUCACUUGAGUUCUGUGCUUGGACAUUAAAUUUUCUGUUCAGGUCUGGUCUUUUCUUCACAAAUACUUGGAAUUCUUCUUUUUUGUUGAAUGACCAUACUUUCCCCUAUAAGAAUAUUGUCAGUUUUGCUGGGUAGUUGAUUCUUGGUUGUAGACCUAGUUUCCUUGAUUUCCAGAAUAUCACAUGCCUUUCCUUUCGGUCCUUUAGUGUAGAUGCAGCCAGAUCCUGUUUUAUCCACACUGUGCUUCCAUGGUAUCUGAAUGACUUCUUCUUGGCAGCUUGUAAUAUUUUUUCUUUGGUCUGAUAGUUCUUGAAUUUGGCUAUAACAUUCCUGUGUGUUGUCAGUUGGGGAUUAAGUACAGGAGGUGAUCUAUGGAUUCUAUCAAUCUCCCCUUUUCUUUCUUCUUCUAGAAUAUUGGGACAGUUUUGUUGGAUAAUUUCCUGUAGUAUGGUGUCAAGGCUUUUUAUUUUGUCAUGGUCUUCCAGUAGACCAAUGAGUUGUCUCUCCUGUAAUGAUUUUCUAAAUCUUUUGUUUUGUGAAUGAGAUGUUUCAUAUUUUCCUCAAUUUUUUCAUUCUUUUUGUUUUGUUUUGUAGUGUCCUGCUGCCUUGUGAGGUCACUUAAUUCUAGUUAUUGUAUUCUGGUACUUAAAGACUGGAUUUCAUCUCUGGCAUUUUGGUUAUCCUUCUCCUUCUUGUCUGAUUUUCUUUGGAGGUCAUCUUUCAUUCUCUUUACCUCAUCUCUCAUCUCCUUUUCCUCGUCUUUCAUCUUCUUUGCCUUAUCUUACAUCUCCUUUGCCUUGUUUUCAAGCUGGUGGAUUUUGGCUUUCAAGACACUGUAUUCUGUUUCCAGAUGACUUGUCUUAGUUUUCAAGUUCUUUUCCUAGUUGUCUUCAGCCUCUCUUAAUUGUGUUUUGAAUUGUAUUUUGAGUUCUUCCAAAGCCUGUGUCCAAUUCACUGGGAUUUCUCUUUUAAUGCUUGAUGAUCCCUCCUCCUCUGUUCUGUUUGCUCUUUGUUCAUUGCCUGUAUAAAAGCUGUCAAUUGUAAUUUCUUAUUUCUUUUUUUGUUGUUUCCCCAUAUUUACCCCUUCUUUGCUCCCCGCAGUUGUCUGUGCUCUUGAUCCUCUCAUUUUUUUUGUUUUGGGGUUUUCUGUCAAUCUCCCCUCUUGGAGCUUUGUCAGGAGAUGUAUUGGUGCAGUCUGUUGGGGAAGGGUGUUGGAGCUUGAGCUUCCCUGACCUCUUAAGACUUUUGAUGGGAUUAAGUUUAUCCGGGUUGGGAUGGAUGUGCUCUGCGGCCAAAACCUCCUGGAAGGCUGGAGCAAUAUGGAGGGCCUCCGCCACUGUUAGCAAGCUUCCUGCUCCGAGCUCCCUCUCCUGUUCCUUCCCCACCACCCAUAUUUUAUGUUCUUAGCCUGGGACAGCCCUGCCUGCAAGGUAUACCCUCCAGACCAGCACUUUUGCCUGCCCUGAGGUUCCCACUGCCGCUGGUGGCUUAGCGCUCUAUGUGUGUGUGAGAUCUUGGGGCCUUCUUUCUUUCCCUUAAAGCCAAGUGUUCUUGAAUUCAAACUUUUGGGGGGCUUACCUUUUGAAUUGAGUCCAGCAGGAGGGUUCCUUAGCUCUUUCUUGUUGUUAGGCUUGAUUUUCAGUCCCCUAGAAGCAUUUAGUUUGUAAUUAGUAAGGAAGGGUAUUCAGAGGUCUGAACUUUUGCUGCCUCUACCUCGCCAUCUUGACUCUGCCCUACUUUAAAGUCUUAAUUACUCCAAAGAUACAUUUGGACAAUUCUAAUUGUUUCUAAUUUCUCUGCUUUGUAGCCAUAGAUACCUCUGCCAGAUGAAUAUUUUCCUAAUAAUCCUUUAGACCUUUUCUCCAUCUUCUUAAUCUUUCAGGCACUUCCUAGUGAAAACAAAUGAAAAUCCAAGUUCUUCAUCCUGAUAUUCUUGGCUCUAGAAAUCUUGACAAGACCUCUGUUAUCUCAUUGGAUCUUUCUACUGUAACCAUGCCAACAAGGCUUGUCAAUUUCACUUUUGCAACAUGUCUUUGAAAUACACUCUCUUCUCUCCUCUUGUCACUGCCACCAUUCUGGUCUUACUGGGUCAUCCUGCCUCAAAUCUCUCCCCAUUCCAAUGCAUUCUCUAUUCAACCACUAACAUUUUCCUCAAGCACAGGAUACCCUACCCCUACUAAACUGCAGUGACUUCCCAUUAUCUCCAGGUUCAAAUAGAAAAUUCUCUGUUAGCCUAGUCCCCUCCUACCUUUCCAGUCUUCUUACACCUUAUUGCCCAUAAAAGUCAAUGCAGUGACGUUGGCCUCUUUGCUUGCUGUUCCUUAUCAAUAUAACAUCUUUUUAGUUUAAUGAAUUUUCUCUGGCUCUUCUUCAUGCCUGGAAUGCAUUCUUUAUGAUUUCUGCCUCCUUACCCAGGAUUUCUUUUGAAAUUCCAAUUAAAUUCCAUCUUUUACAGGAAUCCUUUCUUAACCCUUUGAAUUCUAGUGCCUUUCUUUUGUUAAUUCCUAUUUAUCCUGCAUAUAGUUUGUAUAUAUUUGUUGUCUGCCCCAUUAAAUUGAAAGCUCCUUGAGGACAGGGACUGUCUUUUGCCUCUUUUUGUAUCUCCAGUGCUUAGCACAGUGCCUGGGGGACACACACACACACACACACACACACACACACACACACACAUAUAUAUAUGUUUGUUUAUUGGUUGACUUAACUGUAUAGAUUUAGGUAAUGUUUGGUUUUAUGUGGUCUUCCCUUCUCUCCACAUUAGCAACCAAGUUGUCCUGGGUCUGUGUGACAACUCUAAAAGUUUCAGUUUUUUGACAUAUCAGUUGAAGUGGGUGCUUAACAAAUGCAUUUUGGAUUAGAGAAAAACUGAAUGGGAGACUAGACUUGUUUAUCUGCCUUAAGUACUGGAAGGAGUGUUAUAUUGAAGAGAAAUUAGGCUUGUAUUUGAUUCCAGAGGGCAGAACUAAUUGAAAAUUGCUAAGAGUCAAGCUUACAUUUAUAAACUGAUAAGGAAAGAUUUACCAAACUACACAAAAUUAGAAUGGUCUGCCACAGGCUGGAUUACUGAAAUGUUGUUGAGGUUAUUCUUUUUUAGGUACAAAUUAGAGUAAGUGCUGUUUAAUUCAGAAAAAUCAUGUGCUUCUGGAAAAGUGUGUGUUUUGGUGGCUUUGUGAUUAUAUCUUUUCCCAAGGUAUGUAGAUGUUAAUCCCUCCAAACUUUAUUUUAUGCAAUUUUCUUUUUUGUUGUGAUUUUGGGUCAAUUUUUAUAUUUAAAAAUUUUUUCUUUAAUGUUAAUAACUUAUUGAUUAAUCAGUAGAGGCAGGGCAUAUCCAUGUUCAAAUUGUGACUAAUCUGCUAUGCUAUCACACUAUCCUGUGUGACUAUAGGCAUUUAAUUCAGCAAAUAUUUAUUAAGAGCAAGGCAUGCCCUUAGCUAACAUUGCUUACUUAGCCCUUAGCACUCUUCUGCCUUGGAACUAUUCCACAGAAUUGAUUCUAAGACAAAGUAAAGGUUUUUAAGAAAUUAAAAAAAAAAAGUAAGACAAUAGGCACCAGCUAGAUGGCUUAGCCAGGCCUGUAGAUGGGAGGCCCUGAGCUCAAAUCUUUUCUCAAACACUUCUUAGUUUUGUGAUCCAGGGCAAGUCACUUAACUCCCAUUGUGUAAAUGUUAUUGCUCUUCUGCCUUAGAACAAGUAUUGAUUUUAAGAUAGAAAGUGAGGAUUAAGAAAAUAAAAAAAAUUAAAAGAAUAAAGAAUUAUACUAGGUUCUUAGAAAUAUAAAACCAGACAAAUUAUUAGGUUCCUGUCUUCAAGGACCAUAACAUUUUACUUCAUUUCUCUGAUCAUUUAUUUCUAUAUCUGUAAAAUGGGCAUUAUAAUACCUACCUUACAGACUUGUAUAAGUCCUGGCAUCAGGUAAUAAGAAUCUGUACUAGAGAGAGUAACAGCUUCAGAGUUAGGAAGAUAGGGGUUCAAAGUAAUGACCUAGUCCAAAAAAAAUGUGAAACUUUGUAAACUUAAAAUAUAGUUGCCAACUGCUAUUUUUAUUAAUCAGGAGUUCCUUUAUGUUUCUUUUGAACUUGAUUUAUUCAUUGACAGUUGCAUAGGUAUAUACUUUUUAUUUAGACAUUAUCAAUAUAACAUGUUGCUCUGUUGCUUUUCAUUUUGAUGUUAGAUUUUGUCAUUUUUGUAUUACAUAUCAAAUCUAUAUACCCUUACCUAAUAUUUUCCUUUCAUUGUGUUAUGCAGAUGAGUUAUGUUAUCAAAGUAUGUAUAUUUAUGAUUUUCAUUAUAUUGUUAACCUGACACAAUGUGUCUUCUUAGAUCAGAAGAGAACAUAUAUUCAACCACAUAAUUUUCUUGUAGUUUGUUUAUUACUUGUUUUCUCAAUAUUUCAUAAUAAUGUAAAUCACUAAUCUGCAUAUCAUUAGUAUGAGAAUCUAGUCCUUCCUAGAGGGAAAAAGAGAAGGGAUCAGAUUUAUCUAAUGUUAGAUCAUUUAGAAAAUUAUUUCAUUGGUGCUUUGCUUAUUUCUGUUUAUGAUUUCAGAGUCCUAUAGGCCUACUUAAACAGUGACUCAGUUAUAUUAUGGUGUUGGUGUAUUUUGUUUUAAUUUAUUUGUACUUGAUAACUGGUAUAACCUUAUGCAUGAAAUUCAUAAAUAAGAGUUAUUUAAUGAAUGAUAAUACUCUGCUUUCUGACUUGACUGGCCAACAAUAUGUUUUAAUACAUUCUGAGACUUAAAAAAUAUACAAUACUAGUGCAGGAGUGAGUCAUUUAAACACCUGUCAGUGUAACCAUAAUGAAUGUACAUGUAAACUUGAAGUCAGGAAGACCUCAAUUUGAAUCCUGCCUCUGAUACUUAACUAGCUGUAUGAAUAUAAGUUAACUGCUGAUCUGUGUAAUGAAAUUAAUAAUUGUAUAUCUCAUUUGGAGUAGAAAUAUUUGUGUUAUUUUUAUCCCUGGCUCCAACUUAAUGCCUUACACAUAGUAGAUUCUUAAUAAAAUGCUUGUUGAUUAAUAAUGUACAUUAUUAAUAAAGUGCCUUGUAGAUCUUAAAGAAUCUGUCAGCUAAUAUUAUUCAAUGGAGAUAAAGCUUUUAACAGUAAUACUGUCUUUCAGCAUUAAUGCUCUCUAUUAAGCCAAUUUUUUAUAAUAAAGAACUGGUUUGAAACUUGGAAAAAAACCUUUUUUUUGUUUUGUGAAUUCUAAAAGUAAGAGAAAACUGAGAUUAUAAAAAAUUAUGAUUAGAAAAAAAUCCAGAAUAUAUAAUUGUUUUUCUAAAAGUUAAGUAAAAGAGUUUAAGUGUAUUUUUGUGUUUUGUGGCUCAUUUCCUAGUGUAACAGUAAAAAUAUCCAUUGUACUUCAGAUGAAUUAUAGAUACAUUUUGCUAUUUUAUUUUAUCUUCCUUGGUUCUAGUUACAAUACAGAAGUGAGUAUGGUUUGGUUGAUGGUCUUUUAAAAAAAUUGCAGAUGAAGAAACAUAUUUAUUGAGAUGGAAAGAGAAAUAUAUAAACUUCUAAGAGUAAAUGAGCUAGUUGCUGGGUUCCUAUUUAGAAUUCCCUACUUUUAGCUUUAUCAUUCACUCAACCUAUUGCCUCAUAAUUCUGAUGUAGUUUAUCCUUCAUUUACUUUCCUUUCCCCCUCAAAAAUCUCAUUCAUCCACAUACCAGGAUACAAAUAACACAUAUGAGAUCAAAUUUGUGAUCUCUGUGAGCUCAGUCUUAAAAAUGUAUGCAUAUAUCAGCUGUACUUUGGCUAGAUUCUCCUUUUUUUUUUCCGCCUUCUCUUCCUUCCUCCCCAUCCCCAGUCACUCCAGUACCUCAGUUGGCGUCUGAUGAUUGACGAUUACAUUAAAGACAGUGGACUGCCAUUCUACAAACUGGUUCACUUAUUCUUGACAGUUCUAGUUUUCAUAUUGGCAUUUUUUCAUAAUAUAUAGUUGAGGGGAUUAGAGCAUAUAUUGGACAUCUCAGCCCAGGGAGUUGUAAAUCUUUCUUGGCAGACACAAUAGAUGAGUAAUUGACAUGGGGAAGUCAAUGAUAAGGUACCAAAUUGACUUGGUAACUCUGGAGGCAAAAAUGAUCUGACAGGUGAACCAAUUGAGAUUGGUAUAAUUUGGACAAUUGAAUUUCUUACCACUGGCAGCGGAACAGCUCUAUAUUGAUUUGAAAGUCCUAGAACCCUGUGCACUGUUCUAGCUUAUGGAUAUAAGCUUAUGGAUAUAAGUUUCAACAUAUCAAUGAUCUCUUCCAGUGUUCUCAGGCCUAAUUAUUGGUUACAUAAUUCUUUCCUGAGAUUAACUGCUCAGGGUAGAGAAACUGCCAAUAAAUCUACUGGACCUAACCUUAACCAUUACAGCAGACUCUAUUGAUCUAUAUCGGCAGUUUUUUUCACAUAUUUGCUGACCUCUAUUUCACUGGACCACUAUAUAAUAUGGGCUAUGUUACCAUUGUGUUGGCUACCAUGCUUCAAACAAUACAAUUCCUUCAGGCAAUCACCUAUCUCAUUCUUGCUUGGCUAACAUGUCACUUACUUAUUUAUAUGACCCUGGUUGCUCCAGGGUGUGAAGCUGAGAGGCUCACUGACUGCAGACUGUCUGUGGAGUCUGCCAACAACGCAAAUCCCUUUGGUGAUAAUCACAAAAUGUGUCUACCUUAUCACAUAAUGGUGUCUGUGGGUUCUCAAAACCAGGACAGUAUGAGUUCUGGAAGUUCUUACUACACUAGAAAGGCUUUGAGUAGCCACUUUGCAUUAAACAUGUGGUUAAAGACCUGUAUAGCAAAAUAGACUCAUCAAGGUGUGGACUGUUCCAUGGGUUUGGUGGGUGUGUAUAAGAGUUUUAAUGGAAGUGUAACAUAUACAACGUUAACUGAAAAGUUUAGAGAAUAUAAGAUCUCACUUGUCACUUAUUAGAAAAAAUUUGACUUGAAAGAUCUGUUGCCAUGUGCUCCUGAUUCACAACAGUUUAUAUAGGAAGUCUCUUAAGUUUGACUUUUUUUUUGCCCUUUCUUUAUAAUCUCAGUGCCUGGCAUAUAAUGUUUGACUUGAAGAGUGUUCUUAGAUUUUUAUAAAAUUGAGAAAGUAAGUUCAAUUAUAGAUUAUUCUCUAUAUUUUAUAUAUUCUGUAUAAUACAUGUUCUAUAUAUUGCUCUCCCUCCUUCCAAUUGUUUUGGGUAACCUUUUCUUUAAACAUCUUGCAAAGCAAUGUCAAAUUCAUUCAAAAUUCUCAUCCCCAUCAGAUUUCCUUGGUGUAUGCUUACUGUAACUCACUGGGUUCAGAAAUAUUAGAUUUCAAACAUUAGUUUCCACAUCAUAGAUAAUGAUUGCAACUGAUGCAAAAAUGUAAUUAAUUUGUCAAUAUUUUAAAAAUUUGUUGUCCUUUUACCAAUGUUAUCUUUUAAUUCUCUUUGAAAGAUAUGGCUCAUUUGGGUCUAAUGCAAACUUUUCAUAGACUUGUUUUUUUCCCUUCUACUGCAUUUUAUCGUUUUAUAAAUCAAUAUAGCUUAUGAUUUUCCAUCAUUAAGAGUAUUUUACAAAUGAGUUUGUAUUCUAAACCAGUAUUUCUCUUAAUGCCACCUGAGCAAUUUCUUGCUUUUUUGGCCCUCCUUGUAACAUCUUUUAUAUUGGUAUAUUGAUAUAUUUAUAUUGGUAUAUAUUGGCUUUUGAAAAAAUGGUGAUAAUCAAGGUCAUUAUGUUUGCCUGAUCAAGAAGUCAGAUUGAUCUUUUGCAGUUGUAUGUUAUUAUUGGUUCUUUUAUCUGUUCUGAGAUGUUAGUGGUCCUGCUUGUACAUAUAUGGCUAAUUCUGAAGAUUAUUAUCAGUUGCCACUUGGCUUUUAUUUAUUAAGAAAAAGUUUCCUUGAUGCAAAUAAUAAUGUAAAACUAUGGAUUGUUAUUGUUUCCCUCCAAAGAUAGCAUUCGCUUUGUUUCAUAUGUAAACAUUUUUUAGGUUAUGCCUUAAGAAGAAAUCCACAUUAGGAUUUAGUAAUUGAGUGUUAAAAAGAAUAUUGUAUUUUCAAACUGUUGUUGUCCAAUGAAAAGAAUGCUGGAAUGGCAUCAAGAUGUGGUUUUGAGUACCAGUUUUGCCUUUCAUUUCCUGACAUUGUCACUUCCUAUCUCUUGGGCCUCACUUUCCUUGUCUUUAAUAUGAGAUGCUCAAACUAGAAGGUCUUCAAGGUUCUUUUGUUUUGACAGUUUAUGAUUCAGUGAAGAAUGACCAGAAUAUUACAAUCCAGUUUACUGUAGUAUGCUCAGUGCAAUGGCCACACCCUGGCAAACUAUCUUAGUAGGUGAGGUAAACUAGAUCAAGGGUAACUACAAGCCUCAAACCCAUUGGUGAGGUAGGAGGUUAUCUACCCCAGGCCUGCGGACUGUAGAUAGAUGAGAACAAUUUGUUUCAAUGUCCAUGUAGGUGUCAGAAGUGGGCACUGUGGAGUGCUUAGAGCUUAGUUAGAAGCCAAAAUCUUCCACUGCAUCCUUUUGUCUUGACACAGAACUUUGAUGAAUCUGGAAGGGAGAGUGAGGAUUAUGACUCUGUGCAAUUCUGUCUUACUUAAAUCUAGUUUAUGUGUUAAGUCAAAAAACAUCACCAGUGACGUAGUUUUUGAGUUCUUUAAGUACAAAAGACAACUACUGUAAUCCAGUUUAAUAAAUCUGUAUAAAGUACAUCUAAUAAUAAUAAAUAGAAUUGGGGAGUAGGAGCAGCAUUCCAAAUGCUCUCUUCCUACAAGUUAGGCUUUUUUUUCCCCCCUUUCUUAAAAGUAUUGAAACUCCUUGAGAUUUGGUAGGAAUAGAAGGUUAAAGGCUGUUUGUUUAUAUAAAUUCCUGAUUCUCUGAGUGCAGAGUACUUUUGAGGAGCUCUAGGACCUUUGAUUUAGUGUAAAGUGGUGGGUAACUCAGAUGAAGUAGUUUACUCAGAUUCAUCUGAACUUUUUGAUCAUUGUUCAAUCUGGUGUUCUCCCUAUGUCAUUGCUGGAGUUGUGAGAGAAUUGGGUUUCUUUGUGAGAUCUAACAUCUCCAUCUUAGCUAGAAGUCCCUACCAUUUCCAGAACUUUUAGAGGCAUACAAACUAAUAUUUAUUUAUAGAGAAAAUAGGGAAUAUAUAUUUUUAGAGUAUUCUAUUCCUGUCACUCAUAUAUGGUGAAUUAAUUCACAGUCCUACUCACCACAUAGGUUUUUUCAAACCUUUUUUCUCCCUCAGAUCUCUCAUGGCUUCCUUUCUCCCACUCUCUCAGCUGAGACCCCUACAUUAUAUUUUAUUGAAAAAAAUUGAGGCUAUUCACCAAGAGCUCCCUCUUUCUUUCUCAUCAGAUCAGCCCUGAUGCCUUCUGUCUCUAUCUUUCUUCUACACCCAUAUCUCACAUUAAGAGGUGACCGUUCUCUUUGCCAAAGCAUACCCCUCUGUGUGUGUGUGCAUGUGAUCUCAUUCUACCCUUUCUUCUCUAUGUCAUCUCUAACAUCUCCAUUUUCAAUUAUUAUUAUAUUUUUUAGAUAGCAAUUUCUGAGAGCUGAGAUGUUUCCUACUUGUCAGAGGUACAGUUAAAGAAGGCAAUCAAUGCCCAUUAUCCAAAGAGAAGCAGGCAUAGGAUGAAAAGGAAUUGAAAUUAUUAUUUGUUUGAAUUAAUUUGUUUAGUCAAGUUAGAAUAUUAUUCCUUGUUUACAAGAAUCACAUUGUUUCCCUCCCUUCCCUACCCCAACCAGUCCUGCAGCUGAUGUGCAAUUUCAUUGGCUAUUACAUGUGUCCUUGAUCAGAACCUAUUUCCAUAUUGAUGUUUGCAUUAGAAUAUUCAUUUAGAGUCUACAUCCCCAGUCAUAUUCCCUGGACCCAUGUAUUCAAGCAGUUGUUUUUCUUCGGUGUUUCUACUCCCGCAGUUUUUCCUUUGAAUGUGGAUAGUGUUCUUUCUCAUAAAUCCCUCUUGAGUUGUUCAGGAUCACUGCAUUGCCACUAAUGGAGAGGUCCAUUACAAUCGAUUGUACCACAGUGUAUCAGUCGCUGUGUACAAUGGUUUCCUGGUUCUGCUGCUCUCGUUCUGCAUCAAUUCCUGGAGGCUGUUCCAGUCCCCAUGGAAUUCUUCCACUUUAUUAUUCCUUUGGGCAUUCCAUCACCAACAUAUACCACAAUUUGUUCAGCUAUUCCCCAAUUGCAGGGCAUCCCUUCAUUUUCUAAUUUUUUGCCACCACAAAGCUCAACUAUGAAUAUUUUUCUACAUAUCUUUUUCCUUAUUAUCUCUUUGGGGUAUAAACCCAGCAGGGCUAUGGCUGGAUCAAAGGGCAGUCUUUUAGUGCAUAGCUCCAAAUUGCCCUCCAGAAUGGUUGGAUCAAUUCACAACUCCAACCGCAAUGAAUUAAUGUCCUGACUUUGCCACAUCCCCUCCAGCAUUCAUUACUUUCCAUUGCUGUCAUGUUAACCUAUCUGCUAGGUGUGAGGUGAUACCUCAGAGUUGUUUUGAUUUGCAUUUCUCCCAUCUCUAGACAAUGUAUCAGUCUCUGUCUACAAUGUUUUCCUGGUUCUGCUCCUUUCACUCUGCAUCACUUCCUGGAGGUUGUUCCAGUCUCCAUGGAAUUCCUCUACUUUAUUAUUCCUUUUAGCACAAUAGUAUUCCAUCACCAACAUAUACCACAAUUUGUUCAGCCAUUCCCCAAUUGAUGGGCAUCCCCUCGUUUUCCAAUUUUUGGCCACCACAAAGAGCGCAGCUAUGAAUAUUCUUGUACGUCUUUUUCCUUAUUAUCUCUUUGGGGUACAAACCCAGCAGUGCUAUAGCUGGAUCAAAGGGCAGGGCAUAGUUCCAAAUUGCCCUCCAGAAUGGCUGAAUCAAUUCACAACUCCACCAGCAAUGAAUUAGGGUCCCGACUUUGCCACAUCCCCUCCAGCAUUCAUUACUUUCCUUUGCUGUCAUGUUAGCCAAUCUGCUAAGUGUGAGGUGAUACCUCAGAGUUGUUUUGAUUUGCAUCUCUCUGAUUAUAAGGGAUGUAGAGCACUUUUUCAUGUGCUUAUUAGUAGUUUUGAUUUCUUUGGCUGAGAACUGCCUGUUCAUGUCCCUUGCCCAUUUGUCAAUUGGAGAAUGGCUUGAUUUUUUGUACAAUUGCUGUAGCUCUUUGUAAAUUUGAGUAAUUAAACCUUUGUCAGAGGUUUUUAUGAAGAUUGUUUCCCAAUUUGUUGCUACCCUUCUGAUUUUGGUUACAUUGGUUUUGUUUGUACAAAAACUUUUUAAUUUGAUGUAUUCCAGAUUAUUUAUUUUGCAUUUUGUAACUCUUUCUAAUUCUUGCUUGGUUUUGAAGUCUUUCCCUUCCCAAAGGUCUGACAUGUAUGCUAUUCUGUGUUCGCCUGAUUUUCUUAUAGUUUCCUUCUUUAUGUUCAAGUCAUUCACCCAUUUUGAAUUUAUCUUGGUGUAGGGUGUGAGGUGUUGAUCUAAACCUAAUCUUUCCCACACUGUCCUCCAAUUUUCCCAGCAGUUUUUAUGAAAUACUGGAUUUUUGUCCCAAAAGCUGGGAUCUUUGGCUUUGUCAUAUACUGUCUUGCUGAGGUCGCUUGCCCCCAGUCUAUUCCACUGAUCCUCCUUUCUGUCUCUUAGCUAGUACCAAAUUGUUUUAAUGACCACUGCUUUAUAAUAUAGUCUGAGAUCUGGGACUACAAGGCCCCCUUCCUUUGUAUUUUUUUUUUUUCGUUAUUUCCCUGGAUAUCCUUGAUUUUUUGUUCUUCCAAAUGAACUUUGUUAUGGUUUUUUCUAAAUCAGUAAAAAAAAUUUUUGGAAGUUCCAUGGGUAUGGCACUAAAUAGAUAGAUGAGUUUGGGUAGGAUGUUCAUUUUUAUUAUAUUGGCUCAUCCUACCCAUGAGCAGUUAAUGUUCAUUCAGUUGUUCAAGUCUAUUUUUAGUUGUGUGGAAAGUGUUUUGUAGUUGUGUUCAUAUAGAUCCUGUGUUUGUCUCGGGAGAUAGAUUCCUAAGUAUUUUAUUUUGUCUAAGGUAAUUUUGAAUGGGAUUUCUCUUUCUAGUUCUUGCUGCUGAGCUGUGUUGGAAAUAUAUAGAAAUGCUGAUGACUUAUGCGGGUUUAUUUUGUAUCCUGCAACUUUCCGAAAGUUGUUGUUUAUUUUGAUUACCUUUUUGGUUGAAUCUCUAGGAUUCCUUAAGUAGACCAUCAUGUCAUCUGCAAAGAGCGAUAACUUGGUCUCCUCAUUGCCUAUUUUGAUGCCUUCAAUUUCUUUUUCUUCUUUAAUUGCUACUGGUAGUGUUUCUAAUACAAUGUCAAAUAAUAGAGGUGAUAAUGGGCAUCCUUGUUUCACUUCUGAUCUUAAUGGGAAUGGAUUUAGUUUAUCCCCAUUGCAGAUGAUAUUAGUUGAUGGCUUUAGAUAUAUACUGUUUAUUGUUUUUAGGAACGACCCUUCUAUUCCUAUGCUUUCUAGUGUUUUUAUUAGGAAUGGGUGUUGUAUUUUAUCAAAGGCUUUAUCUGCAUCUAUUGAGAUAAUCAUGUGGUUCUUGUUGGUUUGCUUGUUGAUGUGGUCAAUUAUGUGGAUAGUUUUCCUAAUAUUGAACCAGCCCUGCAUCCCUGGUAUAAAUCCUACUUGAUCAUGGUGGAUGACCCUUCUGAUCACUUGCUGGAAUCUUUUUGCUAGUAUCCUAUUUAAGAUUUUUGCAUCUAUAUUCAUUAGGGAGAUUGGUCUAUAAUUUUCUUUCUCUGUUUUCGGCCUGCCUGGCUUUGGAAUUAGUACCAUGUUUGUGUCAUAAAAGGAGUUUGAUAGAAUCUCAUGUUUAUAUUUAAACAUGCUUCAUUUCUGUGUUUUUUAGCUCUUCAAUCUGGCUGCUUUUUCCCUACCAAUUUUUUUUAUCUUCCUUGUAACAAGAUAGCUUAAUGAUAUAAAACAGAUCUACAGAUUGUGCCUGAAAAUACUUAUCAUUUUACAUUUCUAUUUCAUCUCUUCGACAAGACAUAAGAAGCUUGUUUCAUCAGUGGUUCUUUAGAGUUGCCUUUCAAAGAUGUUUUCCUUUAUGAUGUUGUAUUCAUUGUUCUCUUGUUUCUGCUUACUUCCCUCUGUAUCAGUCCUAUACAAAUCUUUCCUAGUUUUGAUAAUUUCUUCUAGUACAAUCAUUUUCCACUGCAUUCACAUACCUUAAUUGUUCAGCCAUCCUUAAUGGGCUAUCUUUUCAGUUUCUAGUAUUUUGCUACAGGAAAACAAUGGCUGAGAGAGAUGUAAAAGAAAUAUACUUCAAAAAUGGGAAUUACUUGUAGGGUUGUACAGAAAUGGGAGAGUAAAAUACAUAAUUUGCAAAGCCAUCUAGUGAGGCUGGAACAUAGCUUUCACGAAGAAAUAGAUUAUGAAUUAAAGCUGGAUACAUUUCCUACAUUGGUUGGCACUAAGCUGUGGAUGGCUUUAAAUGCCAGGCUAAGGUGUCAUAUUAAGGAUUUUAAACAUGGGAAUAAUAAUGGUGAAGUCUUUCCUUUAGGAAACAUGAACAAUUGAAUAGAAGUUGCAAAGAGGCCAGUUUCAAUUUAGGCUUGAUGUCAGGAAAGCUUCCCUAAGUGUCCUAUCCCAAAAUGAAGUGGACUACUUUGACAGGUGGUAGGUUCCCCUUCCUGAAUAGUCUUUAAGAAAAGGUUGGAUAGAAAAGUUGGUGAGUAUGUUAUAAUGGGUGUUAUGCAUAGUUUAGACUGCAUGGAUGCUGAGGUCCCUAUCAACUGUAUAAGUCCCAACAAUUCUUUGAUUCUGUGAAACUGAUUAGAAGACUAUUAGUAUAGUUCAGAUGAAAGUUGAUGAAGUAUGUGCUGGGUAAUGAGUUAGCUAGGUGAGUGGAAAUAAAAAGAAUAUUCAAGAGAUAUUGAGGUAAAAGAAAUAAAACUUGUUUAUUGGCAAUGCUGGAAUGACCUGAUAGUACUAGAUCUUCAUGGAUAAAAUACCCCAUUACUAAUCUAACCUGGAAAGAUGGUUGUAGUUUCAACAUAAAUAGAAAAAUUUGGAGACAGGGAAAAUGAACUUCAUUUUGGACAUUCAAUAGAAGAUAUCCAAGAGUUUGCUCAGAGAAGUAGGAGGAAACCAUGAGAAAACAGUACAGUGGAGGCAAUAGAAGGAGUGAUGCCCAGAACAAGGGAAAAGUGUAAUCAACAGUGAAUUCUUUCCUUUUGGAAAACAGAGGUAAUUCAAAGAGGGUGAAUGCUCAGAAAAGGUAAUAAGAUUUCAGCAGCUAUGAAUGAAGCUAAUAGAGACCUUAGAUGCCAUUCAGGCUAGCCCCUUUCUCUCACAGAUGAGGACACUGAAACCCAGAUUGAAUGAAGAUUGAACUAAUACAUAUAAUUGGUUAGCAAUAAAGCCAGAAUUCAAACCAAUGUGACUGUUAGUCAAUCACUCUACUAUACCAUGAUUCCUCCUUAAGAGAACAAUUUCAGCUGAGUAGGGCGUUGAGAAGUAAUUGGGUGGCAAAAAUCCUAUAUACACUAUUCUUUCUAGGAGUAUAGAAUGGUGGUUAAUGGGAGAAGAUGACAGCUUGAGGGAAUGGCAAGGUUAAGCAGUGAUUUUUAAAAGGUAAGAUAAUUAAACUCCAAAGCAUUUGUCUUGAUCUAAAGCUCUAGUCCUAGCAUUUCCCUUUGUCCUACUGUACUCAGGCACCUAGUUUGAAAACCCAAAACCUGGGGCUUCAGAUAAGUCUUACAUAUAGUCCUGAAGAAUUGGACAUAUAUGUAUGUAUGUAUACAAACACACAUACAUAUGACAUCAGCUCAGUAAUUGUAUUCCAAGAUUCUAGGGUCCUGUUGGCAAAUCCAUGGCAUGGGGGUAGGAAGUUUUUUGCAUACCCUAUCCCUCUGUCCAGUCCAGAAAUGCAAGCACUUCCUUCGUGAUCUUGAAGCCGUUUGCCAACGCUGUUCUUGGGAAUGAGGCACAUAUUUGUUUUUUUUUUUUUCUGUGUCCAGCCUUUUAUCUAAGGCCCAGAUCCUAUAGGUGUGCAGUGUGUUGAAUAAAGCUCCUGUUGGGCCAUUAGACUUUUGCCUGUGUCCUGUUCCAAUUGAGUUGUCUUAGGUUCAGUUGAAAAAAUAUCUGUCAUUGUCCAAAUUCCUUAUGUCUUCAGAUUCUCAUUGUGGUAGAUGGAGUCUGGUUUUUUAUAAUUUAUAAAAUACAGAUUCAUACAGAAUUAAUGAAUGCUUAAUAGUGUUUGAUCACUGUAUUUUUCUCAUCUAUUGUAUACUAGCAGUAACACUUUUAUGAUGUGGGAGGAGUCCUUGAACUCAAAAGUUAAGUGUCUUUCAGAUGUCAGCAGAAAAGCAGAUGGGUUAAUAAUCAUGUAUCAAGAAUGAGAGGAGCAGACUGCUUGAAUACUUCAGUAUUACCUACAAAUUGUUACAGCAUGAGUUCUUAAACCAAUAUAUUUUUUUAAUGAUAUUGCAAUAUAGUUACCUUUGUAACCAUAUAUAUUUUAGUUUACUCAUCUAAAGGCAUCACUCUUGAGAAGACAGUGUAUAAAUUUCACCAGGUUGACAAAGGGGUCCAUGAAACAUACAAAAAAAAAAAUAAGAAAUCCCAAUAUAAAGGAAGAUUUCUAGUCUGUUAGUGGUAGAUCCUUUACAAAGGAGUUACAGGGUGACAUUCACAUAUUAUUAAACUAUAAAUAAUUGUCACAAAACAGGACUUUCCUUUAUUCUCUGUUGGUGUCCCUGUUCUAAACUUGGAUUUUAUAGUGCAUUUGUGUGCUUAGAUUUUUAAAAAUCUUAUGUUUCUAGUCAAUGAUUUACUAGAUGGUUAUUAAACAGAAAAUGGCAUAUUGUGAAUCAUUUUAAUUAGGACAGAAUGGCAUCAUAAGCCAAGCUUAAAAGGUUCCAUUAUCUAAAAAUCUGUACACUAAAUAUUUCCCAGAGUGCCCUGUAGUAGUUUAACAUUUUUUCAUUGUGCUAAAGAAUAAAAUAGGAGGUUUUAAAUUUAUAGAUAGUUUAAAAACUGAAUUUCUGGAGCUUUGCCUAUGUCAGAUAGUAAAGUGCUCUCAGUUUUUUGGAAGAGACGAAAGUUAAGCAGUUCUGUUUUCUAAUACUAAAAUGUGGGAUAUGCAUGGAGAAGCCACAAAGCUGAUCAAAUACUAAGGAUACACUUGAUGCAGGAAAUGCUGAAUCUUCAUGAAUAUAAAUCAUUGUUUUCCCAUUAUUGGUUAAUUGGUUCUUCUGUAGAAAGAUAGUAUAUCAUUUAUCAUCUGUGAUAAUCGCUUCAAAUUAUACACUGAUAUUUAGUAGUAAGAGUUUCUUGAAGAUUUAUAUCAAAUGACGUCAAUGGCCAGUUUGUUCUCUUUUACUAGUCCAGCUGUAAAGCGAUUGUUGGGCUGGAAACAAGGUGAUGAAGAAGAAAAAUGGGCAGAAAAAGCAGUUGAUGCUUUGGUAAAAAAGUUGAAAAAGAAAAAGGGUGCUAUGGAAGAACUAGAAAAAGCACUGAGUAGCCCUGGACAGCCCAGCAAGUGUGUUACUAUUCCUCGAUCUUUAGAUGGACGAUUACAGGUUUCUCACAGAAAAGGUCUACCCCAUGUUAUUUACUGCCGAGUCUGGCGUUGGCCUGAUUUACAGAGUCAUCAUGAGCUGAAGCCAUUAGAUAUUUGUGAAUUUCCCUUUGGUUCUAAGCAAAAGGAAGUUUGUAUCAAUCCAUAUCACUAUAAGAGAGUGGAAAGUCCAGUUUUACCUCCAGUAUUAGUGCCUCGACAUAGUGAAUUCAAUCCACAACACAGCCUUCUAGUUCAGUUCAGGAAUCUAAGCCACAAUGAACCACAUAUGCCACAGAAUGCCACUUUCCCAGAUUCUUUCCAGCAGCCCAACAACACACCUUUCCCCUUAUCACCAAAUAGCCCUUAUCCUCCUUCUCCAGCUAACAGCACAUACCCCAACUCUCCUGCCAGCUCUGGGCCAGGAAGUCCAUUUCAACUUCCAGCUGAUACUCCCCCUCCUGCUUAUAUGCCUCCUGAUGACCAGAUGGGUCAAGAUAAUUCUCAGUCUAUGGAUACAAGCAAUAAUAUGAUUCCUCAAAUUAUGCCAAAUAUAUCCAACAGAGAUGUCCAGCCUGUUGCUUAUGAAGAGCCCAAGCACUGGUGUUCAAUUGUGUACUAUGAAUUAAAUAAUCGAGUUGGAGAAGCUUUUCAUGCGUCUUCAACAAGUGUUUUAGUUGAUGGAUUUACAGAUCCUUCCAACAACAAAAGUAGAUUCUGCUUAGGUCUUUUGUCAAAUGUUAAUCGUAACUCAACAAUUGAAAACACCAGGAGGCAUAUUGGAAAAGGGGUUCACCUUUAUUAUGUUGGAGGGGAAGUUUAUGCUGAAUGCCUGAGUGACAGCAGCAUAUUUGUACAGAGUAGAAACUGCAACUUUCAUCACGGCUUUCAUCCUACCACUGUCUGUAAGAUUCCUAGUGGCUGCAGCCUAAAGAUUUUUAACAAUCAAGAGUUUGCUCAGCUUUUGGCACAGUCUGUCAACCAUGGAUUUGAGGCAGUCUAUGAACUCACCAAAAUGUGUACAAUUCGAAUGAGCUUUGUAAAGGGCUGGGGAGCUGAAUAUCACCGGCAAGAUGUUACCAGUACCCCAUGCUGGAUUGAAAUUCAUCUUCAUGGACCUCUACAGUGGCUGGAUAAAGUACUUACUCAGAUGGGGUCCCCUCUUAAUCCCAUAUCUUCUGUUUCAUAAUGCUGAAGUCAUAUCUUCAAUUACUCUAUUAGUGACCUUAUUUUAAUUUUAGAGAACCCUUCAGUAUGGAUACUGUGAGCUGAAAUGGAGAACAGAUAUUACAGCAUAUUUUUUUCUACCUACUUGUGACCAAUACAUUUGUAUUUUGUAAUGAAAGGAUAUUCCUGUUUUUACUCAUGGUUAUAUUAUAAAAAUGGUAGUUGGAGUCUCAAAAAAUUACCUGAAAGAAGCAGAGCAAGUAUUUUGACUUGCAUAUAUAUAAAAUUAGUUAUUUGAUUUUGCAUUUAUCUUAAACUAGAAAAAACAUUUAUUUCAAUGUUACACCAAUUUUUAAAGGAAACAAAAAGAUCUUGAUCUCAUUAGAGUGUAAAUAUAUCUCAGAGGGCAUGUUGUAUUUCUUUUUAAAAAAUGUAAAAUGUGUGUUUUAGUUAAAGAAAUUCCAUUUGUUGUUCUAGCUUUCAGGUAAUCAGUAGUAAAUCAGUUGUACUUUUAUAGAUGAAACACCAUAAAAUUUACAUUUAUUGCCUUUAAAUAUUUGCCUUACACAAUAAUGUGACUUCAAUGUAUAUUUUUAAAUACUUAAAAAUUAUUACAGACAAGUGGUAUCAAAUAUGUGACAAUAUUAUAGUUGUGUCAUAAACACUACUUGUAUAUAGCUAGAUGACAGGUUACAGAUUUGGUCCAUUUUGAUUAUGUUGCCUUUAGCCACCAUUGUAAGGAUUGUAAUUUAGAUAAGAGUAACCUUUUUCUUUUGCACUUUUAUGGGUAAAUAUUUUUAGUGUAGCCUUUGACAAAGCACCCGAACAACUUGGAUAUAAUUGUUAAUCUUUAGCUUGUGUGCUAUUCCAUUUUGUGUCAACACAAACACUUCAAUUUAUAAAUGAUAGCACCUACUUAAGUUGCAAAAACAUUUUGUUCUUCUAGUUUGUGUUUUAUCUUUAACCCAAAUUGUAAGAUUUUUUUUUCCCUUGCUCUAUGUUAAGAUGCCUUUUCACUCUUUACAGUUUUAAUAGAUGGCAUUAAUGUUAAGAGCCUGAUUUCAUACCCAAGAUUGAUUCAGGUCAGGCCUUUUUUCAGAAACUUGUAUUUUACAACAAGUAAAUAGCUAUUUCGUGGCCCCUGUAUAAGUGAAUUUUCAGUGGUUUUCAAAGUUCUUUUUUUUUUUAAAGAGUUUUAUACAUCAGAGAAUGCAAAUUGUACUGUUAACAAUUGUGCAAUUCUUCCUAAUCUUAUCUAAUUCAUUGUCUAAGUAAAAAGCAGUUAAGCACCCAAAUAUAAUAUUUGAGAAAGAUUAGAACUUUAACCCCAGUGUCGAUUAACCGAACUUUUCAUGAGUGGCUAUAAUUUUUAGGUUAAAAGAAUAACUGGGAGAAGGAAAGGAUAUUUUUCAAUCAAUUUAUUUUGUUUUCUAUCCUAAGAAGCUUAAUUGUUACUACACCUGUUCAAAAGGCUCAGAAGCGAUCCAAGAAGUUUAAUUGUUGAAUGUGUUUACGAUGUAUAUGAAAUUGACACUUUAUAAGUAGAAAGGAUCCAGGCAAACUAAUUUGGGGUUUCAAAAUACUAUAUUUACUCGAGUUCAUAUUUUACUGAUCUUAUGAGAGAAAUGUGCCUUUUUGGGAGAGAAUGCAAUUCCUUUUGGCCUCUAUACCAAUAUUUGCUUUCUGUGAAUUGCAACUAGUAGUUGGAUGAUUUUUGUAAUUUGGUUGAAAUAAGAAGCCAUGCAAAUUUUCAUGUUAUCCUAGAGAUGAACCCUUAGCUAGAUGAAAGGAAUGUUUUACAGUCACAAUUGGGGUUCUACUUGUAAAUAUUUGACAUCUGAAUCCUCAGGCUUCCUAAAUUCAGCAGAUGCCAUUUUGUAACUCAAGAAAACUAAUGGUAGAAGUAAAUAAAGUGUAGUUAAUAACAGAAAAGAGACAGAGGGUCAUUUUCAAGAUGAUGUGAAUGCAUAUUACAGUUUUGAUAUUGGAUUAGGGGAAACAGUUAUUGGUGACUUGAACAGAUACAUAUUUGAAUUGAUUAAAAGUUAAUUGGAAUAGUGAA